CGGCAGUGCAGCCUUUGGGAGGAAGCAAGUGCAUCCCGCUCUUCCGGCUGCCUUAAUGGCCGGGUGCGGGGGAGCCGCAUCGCUCCGAGGGGCUUCCAUUCUCUCGCCUGCCUUUCUCCCCAGAUGCACUCUCCGCUCCCCCUCCCCUCGCCCCUUUUUGUACGGGCGCUUUCUCGGCCGAUUUUUCAUGCUCCGCUAAGUGCCGGCGCUUUCACGACCCGCGCGAGCUUUGCUGCCUCAUGAAGAUUUAUGAAACUGCAGUAAUAAACUGUGUUUGAGAGAGAUCCUUUUGAUGAUAAAGCCCUGCCAGGCUGCUGGCGGGGGGACCCGAGCGCACCGCGCCGCCGAGCCCGCAGCCGCUCCGACCCGGCGCGGCUCCCGCGGGGCAGCGCCCGCAGCGCCGGGAAGGUUUUUGGGGGCCUUUCCCACCCUGAAGAGCGUCACCUAAAGCGCGGUCAGGCUCCGGUGAGCCCGGUGCCUCUGUUCUCCCGGGAAGCAGGCGAUGGCCGGACCCUGCUAGCGGCGCGGGGCUGUGCCCCGGCGCAGGUGACACCUCUGCUGGCAGGUGAGGAAGAUGGAUGGAUGAAUCGGCAAAGAGAACCGCGUUCCCUUAACCUCCCGCUGCUCGGAGAGGGGCUGGCCAGGAUUUACCGUGGGAUUUUGGCUGUCGUGGGAGCCCUGCGCUCGGCCAAGGAGCCGCCUGCAGCCCCCGCAGAGCCCCGGGGGGCUGCUGUGCCCAUCCCGCCGGAGCAGCUUCCCGGCCGCCGUGGGAGCCGAGCUGCACCCGCGGAUCCCGAAAGGACGAGCAGCCACAUGAUCUCCGCGGACGAUGCCGAGUACCCGCGCGAGUACCGCACCCUGGGCAACGGCACCCGGCGCUUCUCCAACGUAGGGCUGGUGCACACCUCGGAGCGCCGGCACACCGUCAUCGCCGCCCAGAGCCUGGAGGCCCUCACCGGCCUCCAGAAGACGGAGAUGGAGCGCAAGAGGGACGCCUUCAUGGACCACCUGAAGAGCAAGUACCCCCAGCACGCGCUGGCGCUGCGGGGGCAGCAGGAGAGGAUGCGCGACCAGCAACCCAACUACUGGAGCUUUAAGACCAGGAGCUCCCGACACUCCCAGGGCUCCCAGCCUGGCUUGGCUGACCAAGCCAAGCUCUCCUUCGCCUCGGCCGAGUCCCUGGAGACGAUGUCGGAAGCGGAGCUGCCCCUGGGGUUCAACAGGAUGAACCGGUUCCGGCAGAGCUUGCCCCUGUCCCGCUCCACCAGCCAGACCAAGCUGCGAUCUCCAGGGGUCCUUUUCCUGCAGUUCGGGGACGAGACGAGGCGCGUGCACAUCACGCACGAGAUCAGCAGCAUGGACACCCUGCACGCCCUCAUCGUGCACAUGUUCCCCCAGAAGCUCACCAUGGGCAUGCUCAAGUCCCCCAACACCGCCAUCCUCAUCAAGGACGAGUCCCGAAACGUCUUCUACGAGCUGGAGGAUGUCCGUGACAUCCAGGACAGAAGCAUCAUCAAGAUCUACAGGAAAGAGCCUCUCUACGCCUCAUUCCCAGCCUCACACAUCACCAACGGUGACCUGAGGAGGGAGAUGGUGUACACGUCCAGGGAAUCCUCUCCCACCCGCCGGCUCAACAACAUGUCCCCGGCGUCCCACCUGGCCUCGGGGUCGCCCCCGCCCGUGCUGCAGUCCUCGUCCCCGUCCCGCUCCCGCAUGUCCUACAGCGGGGGCCGCCCGCCCUCCUACGCCGGCAGCCCCGUGCACCACGGCGAGCGCCUGUCCAACCUGCCGCCCGCCCAGGGCGUGUCCCCCAGCCCCAGCGCCAUCCUGGAGCGCCGCGACGUCAAGCCGGACGAGGACCUGGCCGGGAAGAACGUGGUGCUGGUGAAGAACGAGGGGCUCUACGCCGACCCCUACGGCAUGGUGCACGAGGGCCGGCUCAGCAUCACCUCCACGCAGUCCCUGGCGGGCAUGGGCGACCCUUUCGGCUACUCGGGGGGGCUGUACAAGCGGGGCUCCGUGCGCUCCCUCAGCACCUACUCGGCGGCCGCGCUGCAGUCGGAGCUGGAGGACGGUCUGUACAAGCCCAACGCGCCCAUCUACAGCGACACCUACGGCCCCGGGCUGGGCUUCCGCAUGCCCCCCUCGUCCCCGCAGAAGAUGGUGGAUGUGCAGCCGGGCCAGAGCCCCCACAGCCCCUACUCGGGGCCCCCCAGCCGCUCCUCGCCCGUCCGCCAGUCCUUCCGCAAGGAUUCCUGCUCCUCGGUGUUCAUGGACAGCCCCGUGGGCAAAACGCGCAACCCCAGCUCCUCCGGCCCCCCCGAGCUCUUCCCCGGCCCCGGCGAGCGCCCGCUCUCAGGGUUUGGCUCCCCCGGGCCCGCCAAGGACACGGAAACGAGGGAGCGGAUGGAGGCCAUGGAGAAGCAGAUUGCCAGCCUGACGGGGCUGGUGCAGAGCGCUCUGCUCCGCGGCUCCGAGGCUGAGACCCCCAGCGAGAAAACAGAAGCCACCAACGGUGGGACCCCCCCAUCGGCGUCCACCAGCCGCAGCGGGGGGACCCCGGUGCCCGCACCGCCGCCGCCCUCGGCCACCAGCACGCCGGCGGGGCAGCCCACGGCCAUCACCCGCCUGCACAUGCAGCUGCACCUGCACGACCUGCAGCAGAACGCCAGCGACCUCCGCAACCAGCUGCAGCAGCUCAAGAAGCUGCAGCUGCAGAACCAGGAGACGGUGAAGACGAUGCUGCGGCGGACGGAGACGGAGAUCAGCGUGCGGGUGACGGACACCAUGCGCAAGCACGAGGACCCUCUGCAGCGCCAGCGCAGCUUGGUGGAGGAGGAGCGGCUCCGCUACCUCAACGAGGAGGAGCUCAUCACCCAGCAGCUCAAUGACCUGGAGAAGUCUGUGGAGAAGAUCCAGAAGGAUCUGGCCCACAGUCACCGGCUGAUCCCCGUGCAGGAGCUGGAGGAGAAGGCGGUGGUGCUCAAGCAGCUGGGGGAGACACUCACAGACCUGAAGGCCCAGUUCCCCAGCCUGCAGAGCAAGAUGCGGGUGGUGCUGCGGGUGGAGGUGGAAGCUGUGAAGUUCCUCAAGGAGGAGCCGAACCGCCUCGAUGGGCUCCUCAAACGCUGCAAGACAGUGACAGACACCCUCGCCCAGAUCCGCAGGCAAGUGGAAGAGGGCGUGUGGACCUCCCCCAGCAACCUCAGCCAGUCCCCCAAGAAGGUGGCCCCCGAGACAGACUUCAGCAAAGGGCUGGAUUUGGAGAUGCCCACCAGCCCCCCCGUGAGCCUCCACCACUUGACAGCCGCCACCGAGAGCCUGGGCAUGCCCAGCUUCGGGCACAGCCCCCCCCAGACCCAGAGCCACCCCUCCAAGAGCAAUAACCCUGCCCGAGCCCCUGAGAUGGUGCCCGCCAAGACCCAGACGGGGCCCGAGACGCCCAGCAAGAAGAGCGCGGACAAAGCUGUGUCCGUGGAGGCGGCGGAGCGGGACUGGGAGGAGAAACGGGCAGCGCUGACCCAGUACAGCGCCAAGGACAUCAACCGGCUGCUGGAGGAGACGCAGGCCGAGCUCAUGAAGGCCAUCCCCGACCUGGAAUUCGCUGCCAAGCACAAACAAGCCCCGGGCAGCGGCAGCGCCGCCUCCACCCCUGAGCACAAACCCUCCAAGCCACAACACGCGCCCAAAUCGGGGGGCAAAGGGGACCCCAAUGGCCGCAGGGGCUCAGACGAGCUGACGGUGCCACGGUACCGGACUGAGAAACCCUCCAAAUCCCCACCACCUCCCCCUCCACGCCGGAGCUUCCCCUCGUCCCACGGGCUGACCACCACCCGCAGCGGCGAGGUCAUCGUCACCAGCAAGAAGGAGCCCGGGUUUAUGAAGAAGGCCGAGUCGGAGGAGCUGGAGACGCAGAAGCCGCAGGUGAAGCUGAGGAGGACGGUGUCCGAGGUGGUCAGGCCGGCCUCCACCCCGCCCAUCAUCGCCUCGGCCAUCAAGGACGACGACGACGAGGAUCGGAUCAUCGCCGAGCUGGAGGUAUUUCAGAGAAGCUCUGCCUCCCCUUUCCUCCCCAAGCUGCGUCACGAGCCGCUCGUGGCCGUGCCCCCCGGGCUGGCAGAGCUGUGGCCCAACGGAGCCUCCGUUGCAGCCCAAGGAUGGAAGAGCGGCGGUGUGUCCAUCCCGGCCAUGAAGGUGGUGAACCCGGCGUCGCGGCUGAAGCAGAGCCAGCAGGGCAGCCCCGACAAGAGCAAGCACAUAAAGCAGCGGAUGGAGUACAUGCGGAUCCAGGGCCAGCAGCAGUAACGUGUGGGACCAGCUCAUCUCGUGCUGUUUGUGGUGGCCCUUUUCCAGCUGCUUGACCUCAGGCCUGACUCAAUGCUGCUUCUGAACAGACUCCCUUUGGUUCUUGGUUGUUUUGGGUUUUUUUCUGUCCUGUUUUUUGCUGCUUCUUCUUCUUCUUGUUUCCUUUCUUUGUCUUUUUUUUUUUUAAGACUGUUUUUUUGACUUUCCUCCCCUUUCUCCUCCUCCUCCUCCUCCUUGAAUCUUACUUUUCUUUCUAGGCCACUAGACCAUCUAAAGAGGCCAGUGAGACUUCCCCCACAGUCUCAGAAAAACCCGCAUCUGGCAGAACAUCCAUCCCCGUAUUGACUUCCUUUGGGGCAAGGAACUCCUCCAUCUCAUUCUGAGCAUCCUUGCCAGCUCCACCCAACUGCUCCCGGGGGCCGGGCCUCUCUCUCUUCCUUGGGCUCCUCUUCCUCCCUGGGACUUGUCUUCUUGAGGGCACCUGGAGGGAUCGUCACCUGUCCCUCUCUUUCUGUUUUAUCAAUGUCUUGCUCCACUGUGGCCGACCUCGUGUCUCGCCUCUGCUCCGCCACGGCCCGACUUGUGUCUCGCCUCCGCUCGCCACGGCCCGACUUCUGUCUCCCAUCUCGCUCCGCAAUGGCCAACCAGCCACUUUCUGUUUCUCUCUCUCUCUCUCUUUCUCUUUUUCUUUACUUUCUCCCUUUCCCUUUCCUUUGGAAUCGCUGUUGGUUUGGUUUUUCUCCCCUCCCUCCCCGCCCCUCCCCACCCGCCCCCCGCCGUUUUUUUCUGUUCAUUUAAGAGCUCUCAGAGCUUCACCCCACCAGUUCCACCGGCUUCGAGCAAAGAGGAGCUCCCGGGCCGGGCAGCGCCGCGCCAAGGUGGGAAACGGCGGCUGCCGAAGACGCCCCUGAGCCGUCCAGGCGCCCCGAGCGU